AUGCAAGAAACCAGCUCUGCGCCCCACUGUUUCACGGGAGGCGAUCGAGGGAUUGUGGCGGUGGUGGGGCUGCGCCGUGACCGCGCGCACGAGGGGGCAAGAAUUGCACUUGAGUUAUCCUGGGCUACGUUUUCUGAUUUCCUUCCUGUAAAGAUAUUCCCCAGUGGAACAGAAGCCAGAAUCAAGUUCUUCGAUGACUACUCGGAAGGGCGAGAAUGUGUCAACUGCGGAGCCAUGUCCACCCCGCUCUGGAGGAGAGACGGCACAGGCCACUACCUAUGCAACGCCUGCGGGCUCUACCACAAGAUGAACGGCAUCAACCGGCCCCUGAUCAAGCCCCAGCGGCGGCUGUCCGCCUCCCGCCGCGUGGGGCUCUCCUGCGCCAACUGCCACACGACCACGACCACGCUGUGGCGCAGGAACGCCGAGGGAGAACCCGUCUGUAACGCUUGCGGACUGUACAUGAAACUCCACGGGGUCCCCAGGCCUUUAGCGAUGAGAAAAGAGGGGAUUCAGACGAGGAAACGCAAGCCAAAGAACCUUAACAAAACCAAGACCCCAGCAGGACCAUCAAGUAGCGACAGCUUUACCCCCACCAGCAGCUCCACCAGCAACACCGCCGCCCCCGCCCCCGAGGAAAUGCGCCCCAUCAAGACGGAACCGGGGCUUUCAUCUCAUUAUGGGCACCCAAGCCCCAUUGCUCAGGCCUUCUCCGUCACCGCGAUGUCUGGGCAUGGAUCUUCUCUGCACCCGGCUAUUUCGGCCUUGAAGCUUUCCCCCCAGGGCUACCAGUCAGCCAUGAGCCAGUCUCCACAGGCCAGCUCCAAACAGGACUCCUGGAACAGCCUGGUCUUAGCCGAAAGCCACGGUGACAUCAUAACGGCAUAACCUCUUCCUCCUUGCGCGGACCGCAGGCCUAGAAGACACCGCGUAGUAAGUGAGCAGAGCUCUUUGCUCUUUUCCCGCUCUCCUCGAGGGAGGCGUGAUGUGACGCAGGGAGGACUAUUCCGUACGGCAUUGUAAAGAGGACUUCCCGGAGGUGCGGAAGAGCUAACGCUAAACAAGCCAAGACGGCCCCGUCUCAGAAUAACCGUGGCUGAUUUGACUCUUCUUGAAAGAAGCCAGGUUGUAACCGCCUUCUGUAAAACAGCCAGAAACUAAGACAGGACUCCGGCGUUUCUGAAACUUCUGGCUUUGACAUCUUGGACAGCGAUGGCACCUGGGACAUUUUUGUCGUCCUUACCAUCCACUCGUUUCCCGACCAAGUCAGCCCUGGAGGAAAUGCCAUCACCGUGGUAGCACCUACAGGCAGAGAUCGGUUGACCUUCCGUGCUAUAGGGCUGGGUCCACUUCAUCAGACACACGUUGACAGCUUUUGUGGUUUUUAAUACCGUGGGAAGUUGAAGGAGAAAGAAGAACACCGCUUGCACAUCGGCCGAUCCCUCCAGAGCUUCGUUUCCAUGUUACCAAGGAGCCAGAGACCUGAACCCUUGUACUUUGCUGACAGGAACGACUUUAUUUUUAUCUUUCCAGGUCGCGGGACUGUGUUUUCAAAAGGCUGAGGCUGGAGAAGGUCUCAGAUCCAAGGUUUCCAUGAAAGUCUGGGCAUGGGGGUGGGGUGGAAGAGACCCAGAGAGCUUAUGAAACACAUGGAAGGGAAAAUUGGAUUCUCCCCUUUGAGAUAGCGAGGAGCGUGACUUUGAGGAUUUCUCUAGGCCAAGGGUAAGGAACCUUUUUUGGGUCUGGGGCUGCACACGAGAAAAAUCAGUCGGGGGCUGCACACAAGUGAGAAGCAAACAAACUCUCUCGCUUACGUGGCCCCCAACUGAGCAGCAGAAGGACCCUCCCCACA